AUGAUGCGAUUGCGAUUAUGGAAAAUCGCGCCGGCACUUCGCCAACAGCCGGGUUCCAAUUGUAUUCGCGGUAUUGCGACGGGUGGACGAGUGACGAAUGAAGAUCGCCGCUGGUGGCUCAUUCACCUCGAGUGUGCGCCGGAUGUGACGCCGGGGACCUUCAUUGCCUGGCUGGACUGCUGCGGCACCCACACCACGAAGAAGUUGAUUGAGCGGAAUGUGUGGACAAUUGAACAGGUGGCCCAACUCGACUCGGAUCAGGUGGAUGAACUUAAAUAUAAGGAGGGAUGUCUAAAGAUGGAUAUUGUGUGGGAACAUGCUCGGACCAUCAUCACACCACUUCGCCAACGGGAGGUGACGGGUGGAGUGGAGUCGGAGUUGCAGAGUAGAAUUUUAGAACUUCGUAAGAAACGUGAGUUGGAACGCAAGCGGGAGGAGUUGCUGAAGGAGCGGGCGAAUGUAAAUGAGCAGCGGGAGGCCACACUUCGAAAGUUGCGGGAGGCGAUCGCAGCAAAGAAAGCGGCUAUGCUUCAGAAGAAACAGGAGGCAACAGAGAAUUCUGGUAAUAGUGGUAGUGGUGAUAAUAAUAGCAGUAGCAACAACACUGGUGUGGAAUCCGCACGAUAA